AUGCUUUGGCCGAAACCGACUUCUCCAAGAUUAGUGUCUCACAGCUGCUUCCGAUGGGUUCGAGCGCUUAUGAGACGGACCCGCGCGAGCUGCCCCUCGGCGCGACCCUCGGGAAGGAAAGGAAAACAGGAGAGACCCGCGCUCCGGCCCGCAACGCGCCCCCACGGCCCGCGAGUACGGACCUGCGCCAGCGGCCGCGCUUUUGCCGGGGAGACGACGGGGGCGCGGCGCGCCAUGCGUCACGGCGCAAAUCCGCUGCGCCCGCCCCGCCCGGCCGCGCGCCGUUGCCAGGGAGACGACGGCGGCCGCGGCCACGGAGCCGAGGGUGGUGAGGCCGCUCGGGCAGGACCUGAUGGUGGAGCGCCUCAAAAGCCGCUACGGCGUAGGGGGCGGCUGCCCCGCCGAGCCCGGGCGCCGGCGGCCGGACGUGGCGGAGCGGCGACGGCGGCCUCAUCGCACCCCAGUGAGCAGCCUCUGCAGUCGUCUUUCCUGUUCACAGAGGACUUCGGUUUCUGCUCACGUGGAGAUGAAGCUGGUCCGUCGCUGAGAUGUUACUCUGAUGAGAGGAGGCGCGGCCCCGCAUCCCCCCGUGGUGCCCUCAAGCGUGGGACCGUCAGUUGGCAAGAUGAGGAACUGGAUUCUCUUCAAGAUUUAAAACAACAGGAAACAGAAGAAGAGUUCAUUGGGAAUGAUCAUAGGGUUAGUACCUCCGAAAUAAACAAGCAGUCUUUUAAACAGAUAAACAAAGUUGCUGAACCAACUAAUUUGGCCUCAGAUUCAAGGAACUGGACUGACUGUUGCAAUGACGCUAGUGAGUCUCCUUCGAAACGUGUCAGCUCCCCAGCGUCCAGAGCCUCAAACAAGCAGGGUGUGCUUCCACGUCAGGUCAACCAGAUCUACGAAGAGUUACUCCAGAUAUACCAGAAACUGCAGUGUGGAACUGCAGCACAGCAGGAGUUUGCUGAAGAGCUUCAAAAGCGAGAACGUUUUUUGGCGAGAGAGGAGCUGCUUUUCAGACAUGAAAGUGCCUUGAAUAAACUUAAAGGUGUCAAAGAAGAGGUUCUUACAAGGUUCCAGAUCUUGAAGGAGCAACAUGAUGCAGAAGUUGAGCACUUAACUGAAGUUCUUAAGGAAAGAAAUAAAGAAAGCAGGAGGCUAAGGUCCUCUUUUGAUGCAUUGAAAGAAUUGAAUGAUAGCUUAAAAAAACAGUUAAAUGAAGUAAGUGAAGAAAACAGGAAGUUGGAGGUUCAGGCUAAGAGAGUUCAAGCUCGUUUAGAUAAUUUACAGAGGAAGUAUGAGUUUAUGACAAUACAGAGAUUGAAAGGAAAUCCCCACGCCGCUCACGAAGCAAAAAGUUUAAAACAGGAAAAAGUACCAGUUUCAAAACCUCACAAGGUACCACUUAAUGGACAAGCUUAUGAACUUUUAACUGUCUUCAUGGACUGGAUUUCGGAUCAUCACCUUAGCAAAUUGAAACAUGAAGAAUCUAGAAUGGAUGGUGAAAAGGCACUACCCACAUUUGCUUCUCAGAGAAAUGAUAUUCAGAAGUGUGUGAAGCUUUUGCCUGUGAUGACAGAGCAGCUACAGUGGAUGCCUUUUGUGAAUGCCAAGCUUCACGAGCCUUUUGUAAAGUUUAUAUAUUGGUCUCUAAGGCAGCUCGAUGCGGGAACACAGAGCGAAUUUAGGUUCACAGCGAAAUGGAGCACAGAGAGUUUCCGUAAACCCCCCCCACACGUGCACAGCCUCCUCACUACCAGCGUCCCACCAGAUGGGACCUUUGUCACAGUCGAUGGUCCUGCACGUGCACGUCAUCAUCACCCACAGUGUGAGGUUCACAUCAGGCAUUCGACUAUGACGUCAACAUUGAGGCGACUGGGUGAAGACAUAUUCAAAGGAGUAGUGACCAAGGGCCUUCAGGGUAAUUCUUUGGAGCAUUCUGUGGAGAGUAAACCAAAGACAGCUGCUUUCUUUAAGAGCUCCAGUUUACCACUGAGAUUUUUAUCGACUUUAAUUGUUCUCAAAACAGUCACACAAGCCGACUACCUGGCGCAGGCGUUUGACUCUCUGUGUCUGGACUUGAAGGCGGAUGAAGGGAAGAGCCUGUUCUUGGAGUACCAGGCUGUCCCGGUGGUGCUGAGCCACCUGAAGGUUCCCAGCAAAGGGCUCCUGUCCUGCGUCGUCGACAGCCUGCCGCAGACGACAGUGGAAUCCAGGUUCCUGCAGCCCUUCCUGCAGGUGUGCAGCUGCUCCCUCUUCUUCCGAACCUGCUCGGUGCUGCUCCGGGGCCCGAAGCUCGACCUCCACGUCCUAGAGAAGCUCAGCAUCAUCCUACAGAAACUGUCCAAAAUCAAGACUAAUAAGAAGCUCUUUGAACUCUUUACAAUUCAUCUGAUGCUUCAAGAAAUACAAAGGACGACACAUCCAGAGCAUGCAUUUCUCUGUAUUAACCUGAAUUCAACUCUGUUCAAUUUGGGUUUAACAAAAUGCAACUCCCUGGCCGCCAGUACAAACCCUUAGGCUGGCUCAUUAUUAUUUAUAGGUAUUACCUAUGUGUUGCUACUUGUAAGAUUGUAAAAAUCACCAAAGUAACGACCAAGUAAAGUUACGAGUAGCAUCAUUUAUCAUGAAAGAUGGAAAAAUUUUUUAACCUUUAAAAUGGAACCUGUAGAAGCUGUGGAAUGUGGAUUUUUUCCAUUCACCUAAGGUGGUACUAAUGUACACGAUGGAAUUUUCAGGGUUAAUGAGCCUGGAGUUACGUUUUGUAAAAAUGUUUUAGGAAAAUUCUUUGGAAUAAAUUGGCGUUCAUGUGGGAACAA